GGAAAUGACGAGAUAGCCUUCAGUUGAAAGGAUUGAUCAACUUGUCUCCCUCAACAUUUUCUUGCCGACGAAGUGAAAAAAGCCGCCUUGUCACCUUUUUUCUUAGUUCUUUCAUCUCUUCCUUCUGGUUGUUUCAAUUGAAUUCCGAUAGGCUGUCCUUUGUUGUUUGCUGUUGUUUUUUAACAUUUUCAGUUUCUGACGCAGUGAUUGUGUUUGGACGCAUUCAUAGUGUCGUCCAAGCAAUUGGAUUUUACGACAUAAAAAGGCCGCUGCCGCCGGAGAAUUUUGGUUCUUAUUCAUAGCCCCACGGGUCUAAACUCCAUUCCCAUGAAAUCCACACAAACAAACCAUGAGCCCAGUCAGCAGUGAAGUGGAAGGUUACUGUCUGCGCUGGAACAACCACCACCGAACCUUGAUUGAUGUGCUCCAAUCCCUCUACCAGGAGCAGAGCUUUGUUGAUGUGACUUUAGCAGCUGAGGGGAAAUCAAUCCAAGUACAUCGACUAGUGCUCUGCGCUGUUUCUCCAUACUUUCAGGAGCUAUUAUCUAACGACUGUGACAAACAAGCCAUCAUCUUCCUGAAGGAUAUUCCUUUCCAACAUCUUCAGGCAUUGGUCCACUACAUUUACCACGGUGAGGUUAACAUUGCUGAAGACCAACUUGCAGAUCUACUCAGCACCGCAGAGUCCCUGCAAAUUAAGGGUCUUACUGACAGUGAUUGUAAGAUGAACAAUAUUGAGCAGAGGAACCCUGACGACCUCGCUGAAAGCCUUCGAAUAAACCAGAUAGGGCAAAGUAUCAACAUCGCCGAAACCUCCUGUGAAGCAAGCUCACCGGAUUCGUGCGAAGUCACAGCAACCAUUGCCAGCCAGGGACCCUCACCGAGUCUUGCCUCCGCUACCCUCUCGUUACCUUUUAUGACAACAACGUCGACAACAUCUUUGCAUUCGUUACAGCAGCCAAUCUAUUCUACCAAUCCCAUGGCUUCUCAGGCAAAUAAUAAUGGCGUGGCAUUCGGGACGGCACCGAAGCUGGAAACCGAAAACGAAGGUAGUGCAGCAAGUGAAAAUGAGGAAUGGAGUGAUGCAGAUCUAACAGGGCCUACAACACCUCAUCAGCCGCAAGCUCAUCCGGCGCAAACGCACCAGACGCAAGCUCAUCAGACGCAGACUCACCAACCUCAACCUCACCAAACGCAAGCCCAUCAAACGCAGACACAUCAAGUCGGGGUUACGGCCGCUGCUGUCGCUGCAGCUGCUGUGGCCCAAUCAUUUGCUACUACCGCACCAUACCCCCAUGUUCCUUGGGGAGAGAGUUUGGCAGCCGCUGCAGCUGCAGCCAUUGCCUCUUCCUCUUCUCUCGCUGGCCCUUCGGGAGCUUUAGGAGUUUACAACAUUCAACCACCGACAACGGGGCCCCCAGUUGUCGCACCUGCCCGUGGCAAACAACGCAAUAGUCGCCGUCCAUCACGACCGUCAAGCAAUACGGCUUCGGCUACCUUGAUGCAGGACAAACCGUAUGUGUGUCCGCGUUGUGGCCGGUGUUACUCCCGGCGUGGUGCUCUCAUCCAACACCAACGCUACGAAUGCGGCAUCGAACCGCAGUUUUCCUGUCCCAUGUGCCCCUACAAGAUAAAACGCAAGGAUAGCCUCAAUCGACAUAUUCGCAAUAUGCACCACAAUCAGAAUACUAAUUGA